CUAUCGCACAUUUUCUUCCACACGUGCGAUUUUUUCGGAGAUCGCGCACGGAGUCCAUGGUCGGAUCGCGUUUCAUUUCAGCACUUCAUUUUUAAAUACAGGAAGGAGGAGAAGAAGGAAAUCGCUAUCUCCGAAAAGCUCGAAAAAGUGAAGAAAAAGAUGGAGAUUUUCUCCAUCUCCUCUCUCCUUCUACUCUUCUUCUUGCCAUUUUCCUCUCUUCCCAGCCCUGCAAUCGCGAGAGGCGGAGAACGGAUCUCCUCUAAUCUCUUUUCAGGUUCUGUGAAUUCUAAUAAUUGGCUUUUCAAGCGUCAUUUGUUUGAGGCGAACCAUUCUCCAGUUCGAGGUGAUUUUGCUCAUGGGUACAUGACAAAUUCCGAGCUUGAGAAAGCCGUGAAGGAAUUUGGUCGAAGAUGUAGUAAAAUUUCAAGGAUCUACAGUAUUGGAGAGAGCGUGAAAAGAAUUCCACUGUGGGUGAUUGAAAUUUCUGACAAGCCAGGACAGGAAGAAGCUGAACCUUCAUUCAAGUUCAUUGGAAAUAUGCAUGGAGACGAACCUGUUGGCCGCGAGCUACUCAUUCUUCUUGCAAACUGGUUAUGCGAUAAUUAUAUGAAGGAUCCCUUGGCAACAUUGAUUAUUAAAAAUGUACACCUUCAUAUACUACCAACAUUGAAUCCUGAUGGAUUUACUCUUAGGAGACGGGGAAAUGCAAACAAUUUUGAUCUAAAUCGGGAUUUUCCGGACCGGUUUUCUCCUAUGAAUGAUGAUGUGGAUUCACGACAACCUGAAACAAAAGCAAUUAUGGGUUGGAUGAAGGGGAGACAUUUCACGGCCUCUGCUAGUUUACAUGGGGGUGCUCUGGUUGCAAAUUAUCCAUGGGAUGGAACCGAUGAUAGAAGGAAGUGGUACUAUGCAUGCCCUGAUGACAAAACAUUCCAAUACAUGGCAAGUGUGUAUAGCCGUUCUCACCAUAACAUGUCUCUGAGCAAGGAAUUUCCUGGAGGGAUUACAAAUGGAGCGUCUUGGUACCCUAUAUAUGGUGGUAUGCAAGAUUGGAACUACAUACACAAAGGCUGUUUUGAAUUGACCUUGGAAGUUAGUGAUAACAAAUGGCCAAAAGCAAAUGAGCUUCCAAUCCUCUGGGAAUACAAUAGAAUGAGCAUGUUGAACCUUGUUGCAAGCCUUGUGAAGACAGGAGUACAUGGGAGGAUCGUAUCAUCAGAUAAUGGACAACCUUUGCCUGCCUCCAUCAUGAUCAAGGGAAUCAAUUACACGGUUAAAGCUGGCAGAGUAUUUGGCAAUUACCACCGGUUGCUUGCUCCAGGCGAAAGCUAUGAGGUUACGGUCACCAUGCCUGGUUACAAAUCCAAAGCCACACAUAUCUUGCUGGGAGAUGAAGCUGCAAGCCUUGAUUUCAUUCUAGACCCAGUGAAAGAUCCGCCCAAGCAAAAACUCCCUCACGGCUGUGAUUGCAUCAAUGAUAACAACAGCAAGCUUGAACUGGUGGAGUUGCUAAAUGGGAACCACCUGAAGAUAACUCUAGCUGUUGUUGGUAUCUUGGGAUUCACGUGCCUUGUGUUAAGAAGGAAAAUGAUAUUCAAGUUCCGAAGACAGAAACAGGCAAUGGUAGGAAAUAAGAGGCAAAAUGUAGUUUAAAGGGUGUUCAAGGUUUUUAAGGAAGCUGUCAGUGUAUUGUAUAUUGUCAGUAAAAUGGAAUUUUUGUUUUCA